GCCCCCACACCCACAGUGCGCCCCCACACAUCCAUUGUGUACUCCACAUCCACUGUGGGAAAAUUUUACUGAGUGUGGGAAAGCUUACUUGAGCGUGGGAAAACUUACCUGAGUGUGGGAAAACUUACCUGAGUGUGGGAAAACUUACCUGAGUGUGGGAAAACUUACCUGAGUGUGGGAAAACUUACCUGAGUGUGGGAAAACUUACCUGUGUGGGAAAACUUACCUGAGUGUGGGAAAACUUACCUGAGUGUGGGAAAACUUACCCGAGUGUGGGAAAACUUACCUGAGUGUGGGAAAACUUACCCGAGUGUGGGAAAACUUACCCGAGUGUGGGAAAACUUACCCGAGUGUGGGAAAACUUACCUGAGUGUGGGAAAACUUACCUGAGUGUGGGAAAACAGCAAAACCUGACAACAUCUCAGCUAAGAUUCGCUAAAAACUCGCGAUGUGGGUCCUGACUCCACCUCUGCCCACAUGCUAGCUGAGGGUGGGCGUGGGAAGGAGACCCGUGGGCGUGAGAACUUAAUCUCAACACAGAGAUAAACAACAUUCGCCAUGGGAGAAUAGCAGUUACUGUGGGAGGGAGAAGCUGCUAGCGUGGGAGUCAACAUUACUUUUAUAUAGAAGAGAAGAAUAUUUCAAAGCCGGAAAAUGACAUAGAAGGCAGUAAGUAGGCCUAUGAGAAUAUCUGGAAGGCUUACAUGGCUUUACGCUAUGCGUGAGGAGGCAGUCAGGUGUGUGACGGGGCAAUCAGGUGCGUGAAGAGGCAAUCAGGUGCAUGAGGGGGUAAUCAGGAUCGUAAGAAGAUAAUCAGGAGCGUGAGAAAAUAAUCGUGACCCUGGGAAAACAAUAAGAAGCGUGGGAAAAUAAUCAUGAGCGUGGGAAAAUAAUCAUGAACGUGGGAAAAUAAUCAACAGCGUGGGAAAAUAAUCAAGAGCGUGGGAAAAUAAUAAGAAGCGUGAGAAAAUAAUCAGGAUCGUGAGGAAACUAAUCAGGAAAUCAGUUCAAGAUGUACGAAGGAGGUACGGCAGCUUGUACGUACCAGAACUCCGUGGAACUGAAGCGAGGACUCCUGAGCCACAACCUGCAGAACAAGACGCAAGGUCUGGCACUAGGGGGCGGGUCAGCCAUGAUGACGUCACCGAUCAACAUAAAAAGUGAAGAGAUGGUGGCACCUGAUUGGUCAGCCUGCACCUACAGGUUCCCCGGGCUGGCCAGCUGCGCCGCGGGGGGCAUGGACCCCCUGAAGGCCGUCACCUCAAUGGGGGUCCGAGGAGGUGGGGCAGACGAUGCCAAGAUGGGCAACUACCCGUCCUCCCUCCUGCCCCACCUCAGGACCCACUCUCACCCUGGCACUAACGACCACUCACUCGUUUUAUCGUCUGGCGGAGUCUCAGCCGUAGCUGUGAGUGGUGGAGGAGGAGGAGGAGGAGGAGGAGGAGGAGGAGGAGGUGGAGGUGGAGGU